GACUUGCCAGCUCCUUUCUUCCUCCUCAUCCCUUCUCCUUUUUUUGCCUUUUCAUCAUUUGAAGAACUGAUCGAAAUGGCGAUUAUUGAAAUUCCCAGAAGGGAGACAGCAGCACUGCCUGCCACUCCACGGAGAGCAAUGGCAAGAAUCUUCUCCCCGUCCAAUUCUACCUCAACCAUCUCUUCAUUUUCCAAUCAUUUCUCUUCAAACACAAUCUCUGAGCCAAUGAUGGAUGAAAACAUUGAAAAGGCUGAGGCCAUGAUCACAAAAUGGGACGUCAAAGGCUCCACCUUCGCUAAAUUCACCUCGCUCUUCCAAGAGAACAGAAAAGAAGCCAAGGACUUUGUCAACUGUAUCAAGGACUUGCGCAGAGCCAUGCAUUUCCUCGUUUCCGAACGAGCUAGUGCUGGCAAACUCGUACGAGCACAAAACCUGAUGCAAAUGUCUAUGCAGCGCCUCGAGAAAGAGUUCUACCAAAUUUUGUCAGCUAAUAGGGAGUAUUUGGAUCCAGAAUCGGUUUCUAGCCGAUCCUCAACAAUAUCACGGUCACUGUCCGCUACUUCAGAUGAUGAAAAUGACUACAGCUCCGACCAUGAGAUUCAGAGAGUUGGCGAUAAGAUUUCUGAAGUCGAACGGCUUUCAGUGCUAGCCAUGUCUGACCUCAGGCUGAUUGCCGAUUGCAUGAUCAGCACAGGUUAUGGGAAAGAGUGUCUGACAAUAUAUAAAAUCAUCAGAAGGUCAAUUGUUGAUGAAGGACUCUACCGUCUUGGGAUUGAACGAUACAGUUCAUCCCAGAUCAACAAAAUGAAUCCCACUGCUCUGGAGCAUCAGAUAAAAACUUGGUUGAAUGGAAUCAAAAUUGCAGUGAAAACCCUUUUACAUGGAGAGAGAUUUCUGUGCGAUCAUGUCUUCUCUUCCUCUGAAGCAAUCAGAGAAUCAUGUUUCGCUGAUAUAGCUAAAGAGGGAGCAACCAAUCUGUUCAGAUUUCCAGAGCUUGUUGCAAAAAGUAAAAGAUGGCCGGAAAAAGUUUUCCUGCUAAUGGACUUGUAUGAAGCAAUCUCGGACCUGUGGCCGGAGACUGAAUCAAUCUUCUCAUUUGAAUCAAUCUCCUCUGUCAAAUCUCAAGCUUGCUCCUCUCUCCAUAAGCUCAGUGACUCAGUCAGGACACUUCUCACUGAUUUUGAGUCAUCAAUUCAAAAGAAUUCAUCUAAAGUCCCUGUUCCUGGUGGAGCAAUACAUCCAUUGACCAUUUCAGUGCUGAAUUACGUCUCUUCACUUGCCAACUAUAGCGGAGUUCUCUCUGAUAUCAUUGCUGGUUCUGCAUCCCCAACACAGUUGCCACUUCCAGAGUCCUACUUCGAGAGUCCAACGGUCAAUGAGAUGCCAACUUCAGCUGUCUCUGUUCGACUUGCGUGGAUCAUCCUUGUCCUCCUUUGUAAACUUGAUAGUAAAGCUAAUUUAUAUAAUGACAUUGCACUGUCCUAUCUCUUCUUGGCUAACAAUCUCCAGUUUGUUGGCAAAAAAGUCUCUACCACAUCCCUCAAGUGCCUUCUAGGCGAUGACUGGACGGUGAAGCUUGACAGAAAGGUGAAAUUAUAUGCAGCAAAUUACGAACUGAUGGCUUGGAAUAAAGUGUUUUCAUGCCUACCGGAAAAAUCACAAGAAGAUAUGUCGCCUGAUACUGUAAAGACGUAUUUCAGGCAAUUCAAAGCAGCCUUUGAUGAGGCAUGCCGGAAACAAAUGUCUUGGGUGGUUCCAGAUGGGAAGUUUCGAGAUGAUAUCAAACUAUCAAUAAAAAGCAAACUGGUGCCCGUAUAUAGGGAAUUCUACAGCACACAUAUUGAUGUACUUAAGGGGGACAGGACCUUGAAAUUGGUGAGGUUCUCCCCAGAUAAUUUAGGAAAUUAUCUGUCAGGUAUACUCCAAGGAACUGCGGUACUAGAGAGUUCAUCAUCAUCAUUGUCAACUUCUCGAGCAUCAAGAUGGCUCCCAUAAUCCUUGUUGACAGAGAUUAAAGCUGUAUUUUUUUUUGUCCUAUGUUAUUGCGCUUCAUGUUGAAGAAGUUAGCUUUUCUAAGUAAGACUGAAUUGUUUACACACUAAUGAAAGCAUCUUUUGCAAUCA